CGCACCAUCUCGCACAUUCGAUCUCCUUCGAGGUCGCUGGUGACGUGGAAGUCGUAAUCCUGAACGUGCCUUCCAAGGUGUAGGGUGAUUUCAGACGAAAUAAAGCGCAGGAAUAGAACGAAAUGGCAGACACGCUAACUUUCCAAGCGUUGCAGCUUGCAAAUGAACAGCGCAACGCGUAUGGGCUGCGCUACAAUGAUUAUGCGAGAUACAGGAAGCACUGCGCUAACAGGACCCACCGCCUCCGGUCUACCCUGAAGUUGACGCACGGCAAGGGUCGCGAAUUCAAGAAGCUCCCGCCUGUGAGAUUAGAGGGCAUCAAAGACGGCUACCUGCAACUCCUUCUCUUCGAAGCCGAACGUGCUUGGACGUACUCGCAAGAACUGUCUCAGCUUGCUGCCGCUCCAGCGUCCAAGGACAAAGCCUCUGCUAUUAGGAAGAAUGCUACCUCACGCUUCCGCAAGGCUGUGAACUGGGCUACUCAGCUGCUCUCACACUGCCAAGCUCUCCACGCUGCCGGCCGACUACCAGCUUCCAAUCUCAUCCAAGCCACAGUUUACACUCUGAUCCUUAACGGCCGGUUCCUGCGCUACCGCUACAACUUCGAGAACGCCCUCGCACAGCUGUGCGUCGCCCGCUCACUCCUUGACGAGCUCGCCUCGCAUGCAAGUACCAGCAGGGAUCAAGCCCUGGCCAUUACCUUCGCGGACGAGAUUAGUCCAGAAAUCAGGUACUGCGCCCAUGAGCUCGGUAGUGCGAAGGCGUACGAUGUCGAUGCCAUUGUCGCGGAAACGGCCUCUGCGCACAAGAACGAGCUUGUAGAUGGUUACGAUAAGCUGUUGGUGGAGGUGGCGCAAGAGAAUGCUGGCGGCGCUGCAGAAGACCGUAAGAAGCUGAAGCCACUCCUAUGGGAGGAUGAGGCAGUACCUAUUCGAAACCCCGAGUUGGUCGACGUGCUUCUGAAAGUGCAGGAGGCUGAGGAGAAGUUACACACUGUUUCCGAGGGGAAGCCUGUGGAGCCUCUCGAAGAUACGGGGAAGAAGAAGAGCAAGGUUGGCAGGAGUCACAAAUCAAAGCAAGACGUCGCUGCAUACGAUGCAAUCCUUCUCGCUCUGAGUGACGCUGAGGGCGUGGCGCGAAAACUCGUGGAAGCUCAACAGGUAAGCAGCGGGAGCAGCACGGCACCUGCGGGUACCCGUGACUUGCAGUUUGUUUACGCCUUCGUCGUGUACCAGCUCCUCGCGCGCCGCAUUCAGCGUGAUCUUCUCCUCAUCUCAACACUGCUUCAUCAAUCGCAGACGUCAAGCCACCGCUCAGGUGAAGUUUCGAUCUCGAAAGCAAGCGCAAGCAAGCAGCAGGUGGACUCUAGACUCUUCCCCGCUGUCGUAAAACUGCUCGACACCAUCAUUCAGAGCCUGACCCAAAUGCGGGCUCUUUCUAUCGUCGACGACAGCCCCGACUUGGCCACUGCGGUUGAUGCAAGAAUAUCCUUCUCUAAGGCGCGGAGAUGUCAAUACCUCGCGAAGGCGUACACAGCAUCCAAAAAGUAUGCCGAAGCUGUUGCAUUAAUGCAACGUGCCACAAUACAUAUUCGUGAGUUGCAAUCGGCUCUUAGCCUUCUCCCGUCUCCCUCAGAAGACCCGAUCUCGACCUCCGAACUUCCCUUCUACGCACUCGAGUCAAACUCCAUCUCUCAGCUCCAAGAACAGGUCGACGCCGAGAGCUCGAAAUGCAAGAAAGACUGGUUUUCAUACAACGGCGGCGAUGCCUCGGGCACGGUUGACAGGUCUACCUACAAGAAGCCUCUCUUCUUUGACAUUGCGCUCAACUAUGCCGAGCUCAACAUGGACAGGCUGACGGAGCGCGCGGGCAAGAAGAUCGCAGCACCAGCACCCGCUAUCGUUGCUCCGGUACCGCAGAGGGCGCCAUCAGGCCCUACCGAGACGAAGAGCGUGGCAAGCAGAGCGAAAGUCGAGGAGAUCCAGCGACCGAUGACGCCGGAGCCUUCGGCUGCGCCGACGAAAGGUGGUUUGAGCAGUUUGCUUGGGGGAUGGUGGGGCAGAAAAUAAUUUCCUUACAUUUGUAAUUUUUUCUGCGAGUAUCUCAUGCCUUCUGAUAAC